AUGAGAAACCCUUUUAACGUGAAAAAGGAAGAAAAAUCCGAGAGCCCCUUUUACGCGAAAAAAACCGGCAGCAUUCUCGAUGUUGUAGUUGACGAUGCUAACAACUCGCUCUGGAUAGGAACUACGAAAACAUCUGUAAACAAAUGGGAGCUGCCAUCAGUCAAGUCUACUCAUAGUAUUAGUAUAUCGGAAAAACCUACCGUAUCUACCCCUGCAGCUAUUAUAAAAGGAGGUGACGGAUUGAAAAGCGCGAUAGUCCUGUCGGACAAGCAGCACGUUAUUUGUACAGACAGUGCUGGUAACGGCUUCCUUUACAAUGUUCUGGGGGCUAAACUUGUGAAGGAGCUGGGUAAGAUUGAUGUCAAGGAGGAGGUCAGGGCAAGGAACAAGCAGGAGUUUAUACCAAACUGGUUCUCAGCUGAUGUUAAAACUGGGAUGCUGACAAUAUGUCUGGAUGAGAGUGACUGCUACAGUGCAUGGGUCUGUGUCAAGGAUGAUCUAGACGGGAACAACGACAACAAAAUUAACUACGGAGGUCUGAUAAUCCAGGCGUUGCUCCAGAACUGGGUGUGCACGGGCGCGCCAAACGACCCGACGGAGCAGGAGUGCCGCGCGCUGUACAGCAAGCAAUGCGCGUUACCCCCACACACGCCCUUUGCUCUGAUAGAGGGCAGUGAUGGGUGUGGUAGGACCUUGUUUAGAAUCAGAGUGGACGAGACUGGGAACCCUAACGACAGUAGGAUACUAGACGAGCUGAUACCGGGCUGGGUUUACGAUCUUAGGGUUAAAAACGAGAUGCCCAAGUUCACCAAAAUAGCCUUUUAUAUCGAGCCAUACGCCGAGGAUCCGCCACCAAAAUCCAGAGAAGGGAGAUUAUCUGCAAACGAUUUCCUGGCGAUAUCAAAAGUAAUCGAGUACGUAGGAGACAAGAUUCUGGGUCCUCAAGAGGGCCCCAACCCUGUGGCUCACGAGAUAUUGAUAUUCUGCAACAAACAGAAACUUGAACCCCAUAUGGACUUAAGGACUGUAAAACAUACCAUUUGGAAGAGUGGGUCGGAUCUUAGGUUGAUGUAUCUUGUGUCAUGAGGGUGUCACGUGGGUGGGCGGCCACUCCUUAUAUGGGCAUCACGUGGGAUGUAUCGCGUGUCAUGAGUUGUCAUAUUGCAGUCCGUCUCAUCUGUUACUCUAUCACUAUGUGCUUUGAAGGGAUAUUGUUUUGAAGCAUUAUUUAUGUUUAUUAUGAUUGCAGGAAUUUAUAGGUUUGAAUUCCCUGACGUAGAACAGCUCUAAGUUUUGUUUAUAGCUGUUUGUUUAAUUGUGGUUUAAACUUUAGUUCCUUUAUGAAGCUUGCUAAUUGAAUUUGGAAAUCUUUGGAAUUGUUAUUUAAAUCUUUAUUUCUGUUGGCAG